GCCAGACGCUGCCCAGGGAGAGAGCCUGAUGCCCCCGGGUCCUUACAUCAGCCACCGUCCCACACACUGAGCUGGAACAUGCUAUAGCCACCUGACUGCCAAUCAAAAUGAUGGCCUCGGUGGUUGUCGGGGGCAACCGGAAGAAGUCGCUCACACUGAGAGGCGUGGACCCCGAGACCUGCAUGAUCGUGUUUAAGAACCACUGGGCUCAGGUGGUGAAGAUCCUGGAGAAACAUGAGCCGGGUCGUGGCGGCACCGGCGCACUGAGCUUCCUCUCCGGUCAUGGUAGUAGCAGCAGCUCCGGAGCGUUACGCCUCGGUCCCAUCCCGGCUGACGAAGCCAGCGCCGUCCAGAACUACGUGGAACACAUGCUCUUCCUGCUGAUGGAGGAAGAGGCGGGGCAAGGAGGAGCGAUGGGUCCUAUCCUGGAGUUUGUGGUUCUGGAGGGCGUGAUGGAGAGGCUGUUUCUGUGGAGCCUCAGGAGACAGUUUACUGAGGACAUGAAGCUCGAGCAGCUCAGGAUGUACCAGAUGCUUCUAUCUCAGGCCAGACAGCCUCUACUGCACCACAAACCGGUUCUACGACCGCUCAUGAUGCUGCUGGCCUCCUGCGCCGGAGCUGGAACUGACAGCGGUAGUGUGGUGGAGGCGGAGCUGGUCCUCCUGUUGAACCAGCUUUGUGUGGCUCUGGUCAAAGAUCCCUCCGUGCUGGAGCUGUUCUUCCACACCAGCGAGGACCAGGGAGCCGCCAACUUCCUGCUCUUCUCCCUGCUCAUACCGUACACACACAGACAGGGUUCGGUUGGCCAGCAGGCCAGAGACGCUCUGCUGCUCAUCAUGUCUCUGUCGGGCUCCGAUCCUCGAGUCGCCCAGCACAUCGCCGAGAACACAUACUUCUGUCCUGUGCUGGCCACAGGUCUGUCUGGUCUGUACUCGUCUCUUCCAGCCAGGCUGCAGGUUUACAGUGAAGACUGGCACUGUCUGGACCAGGCUGACUGGCAGCAGGUAACCAUGCCAACCACACAGCCAGUUCCUGCUCUCGUCCACUUCCUGCACUCACUGGACUUCUGUAGCGCUGUUACCAAGGUUGGUUACUGUCGUGGUUCAGACUUUCUGAUGGAUGUAAAUUAUCUCCACUACCUCUGGGACGCCCGCCAGGCCAUCUCCACUUCCCACAGGGCAUGUCAGCUCUGGUCAGCUCCGUAUGACGGGAUCAACCCUUUGCCUCAAGAAUACCGAUCUGACACACCAGGGGAUGACAUAGAAGAUGAGGAAGAGAUCGUACAGCGAGCCAAGAGUGACUCCAUCUGCUCUUUGGUCGUCACUCCUCCCCCUUUGACCCUCUCUCCGACCCUGUCCUACUCAGAUACCGUCUCCACAGGCAACCAGGCAGGAAGAGCCAAUUCUGCCCUGGAGCUGGAGUGGGAUGACAUUUUUGCAGAUGACGAUCUAUCUUUAUCAGGGGUACUAAGCACAACAUUCGCAAAUGGCAGCAUGACCAUGGAUGUGGACCGAUGCACUUCUACACCUGCACCCCCUCUACCUCCUCGACACAUCCAGGAGAUGCGACGCACCGCGACCAAGCUGGUGCAUGGCUCGUAUGUAGAGGAAUCCGAGUUUCAGGACGAUGUUCUGGUCUACAAUCUUGUCGCCCAGACUGAUACAAAGGCGGCUAUUUUGGAGCGAAUCAUGGCAGCAAAUAGACGGGCCCGUGGAAGCAUCUCAAAUGGCCAGCGAGUGUCAACAACAGCAACGACAACAACAAUAGCAACAAUGUUAACGACAACAGGUAGGACGGUAAUGGAAACAGUGAACAGUAUAAUGUCGACAAGGAGGAGGAGCGAGGAUGCAGGCAAAGAGGAAAGAAGAUGGAGCGAUGAUUAUGGGAAGAAGGUGAGGAGGAGGAGUGAGGACUGUGGAAAGGAGAUGUGGAGAAGGAAGGAGGAAGCAGAAGAUGAGAUAAGGAGGAUGUGUGCACAAGGAGAGCCAAAAGGACGUCAGUUUUUCACCAAUGGUUUUAAUGCAAAGCAUCAUAUCAUCGACGAAUGUGAUGAUACUGAUGAAGACAGCAAGCCAUUUAAGCAAAACUGCAACCAGGGUGACCUCAUAACUACUGUCAAACACAAGCACACACUGCACCAGCAGCAAAUACACCACAACACACAACAUCCCAUGCCACAGUCAGUGACAAACGCUUUACCUAACGGCCAUUCUGAAUCUGAGCCACGUGACCCUUUGGUCUCUGCAACUGCUGCCAAGUCUCCAAAUCUGCCUGGAAAUAAUGUCACCAAUAAGGAUGACUUCCUGUCCCGAUACCACAAGCUCAUGCUCUCUUUGGGUGUGGAGCCAGACUGUGACGACAUCACAGAUGACAUCAGCACAUUUAGGAAGCGCGUCCGAGAGCUGAGGCAAAAACUAGAAGAGGAGGAGGAAGGACUUGACGAAGAAUUUGUUUUUAGUUCCUUGUGGGAUGACAGAGAGGAGGAAGGAGAGGAGGAGGUGAUGGAGGAGGAAGAGGAGGAAGAGGAAGGAGAGGAGAGGAGGAGUGGCAGUAAGAAAGGCGGCAAGAGACAUGGAGUUCCAUUUACAGGUCCAUUCAUCAGCGUCCUGUUGUCCAGGCUGGAGAACCUUCUGGAAAACUCCAUUGCUGUGAACCUGCUGGUGACGGGCAUCCUGGCCCAGCUGGCGUCGUACCCUCAACCUCUGCUGAGGUCCUUCCUGCUCAGCACAGACACACACAACCUGCCCAACGUACGCACACUGUACCAGGUGUUGGUGACGGUGAAUGCUCAGAUCGAGCGCUACGUGGCGGCUAGACCAGAAUAUCCUGCCCUGGUCACUGAGGCCUGGAGGUUCUUGUUGGCGAAAGACCAAGACAGCAAGUUUAGAGAGUGCCUCCAGCCUCAGGGCGGCGACAUCAUCCUGGACCCAUCGCUUCCUAACGGCUCCGUGAGGAACGCCCUGCCUUUGCCUCCUCUUAGCGUCCUGCCGCCCUGCCCUCCUAUUCCCCCCCAAGCCAAGAGCCGAGUGUUCGCCAUCAUCCUUUACGCAGAGUUCCUGAAAGAGCUGGCUGCCAUCGCCCAGGAGCACAGCAUCGCACUGGACUGUUCUUCCGAGGAGUAAUGGGAGUGUCUUGGCCACCAGCAGAAGAGUGAGGGCUUCUAAAAACCCUAAAGCACAAAACAUGCACAUACAUUACACAUUGAGCUGUAAUGCAAGUGAGUAAUUAUUGUGGAUAUUGUAAUAAAAUGUUGUUUUUAUGCGCAGAUUUGUAUGUACACUGUUUAUAUUCCUGGCAGCACUUGAAUAUUUGGAUGUUUUCCCAGUGUGAAUAUGGAUAUUAUGGAUUUAUUAUGGAUUAUUUAUAAGUAGACGAAAAUUAUUUGAAGGAGAUUAUUUUGAUGUUUUCUAUAUAAUAUUUGUGGGAUUGGUGCAAAUUAGUUUUAUAUGAUAUUUUCUGAAAUCUUUGCACAAAUAGGUAUUAAAACCAUUUGAAUUUUUAUUUUAUUUUAAUUCUGUGGCUGCCAUUUUGAAUCAACCUCCUCUUGAUGCAUAAACUAGUACAAGAAUACACGUAAACAGACUUCGCAUCAGAAAGACUUAACUUAAAUAAACUCAACACAAACACCAACCACAACUGGAUUUUAAGCAAGUUAGCUAGCCUAAAGCUUUGUAAAUUAAAUUUGAAAGUCAUCAGCUAACAUGUACAGGUCCAGGGUGUAGCAUUGAGUGGCCUCUAGUGGAGUAGUUGCAGAUUGCAACUCCUUUGCUUCACCCUCACUUUCCAUGCGCCAACAAGAAAAUACAGUGGCCAUCUAUCUAGAGUCAGUGUUUGAUUUGUACUUUCUGGGCUGCUGUAGAAACAUUAUGGUUCAACAACUUCCAUUUCUUAAAUACAUACAUAACCAUUCUGCUUCUCCAAACUCUCUCCAUUCUGGCAAUGGGAGAGUUUGGUUCAACUUAAAAUAAGGAACUACACAUAAGAUUUCUACAAACACAUUUACAUAAAGUAAAUUAUUAAAGAAAUAAUACACUACAGGCAAGAGUUAUUUUAAUUUCUGCAUUUUAAAGCAACCAAACCAAACUGAAUGUGUGUUUUUCAGAGAAGUUCAGUAUCAUUCACGUCCCUCCAGUUGUUAUUGUGCAUCUAUAGAAAUCAG